CACGACACCGUUUAUGAUGUCGCAGAAGCGCAAGCAGCGGUUCAGAGAAGUAACGACGAGGUCGUGGAGAAGGGUUGUGUGAGAGUUGGGCAUGAUUUUCGUAUGCGUAGGAGUAAAAAUUGUCGAUUGCUUAAGUCUCAUUUGGCGUCAGGGGUUUGGAAUUUGAGUCGUGAGCAAGGGAACAAGCUGUUAGCGAGCCAAUUUAGGGACGAUUGUUUGUAUAUCUGCGAUUGAUUGGCCUGGGUGUAUACACAUCAUCGAAGACAAGCGGAAUUUUCAGGGGUGUUUUCAAAACUUCAAGCGCAGGACACUCAAUGUCGGGAACCGCAGGAAGAUUGAUCUGAAUUGUCCCUUUUGCGCGUGCAAUGAGACCUGGAACCUGCACUCUGCAUUUUGUUUGAGGCGGGUCUUUCGGGGAUUCCAUGACUAUGGCGACCCAAUUGUUCGAGCUUAAGUCUGUGAUAAUGGGGAUGUCUCUGGAGCCUGGACUGAUUUGCCAUUCUUCACUGAAUCAGGGGUGCUUCUAAAUGGGUAUUCCUUCUUCUUUUUUUUUUUAAAGAGUCCCUUGUUUUCCAGAAAACUAGAAGAGGAAAAAACAAAACAGUUACGUAAAUUAUGAAACUUUUCCAAUCCAAAGCACUCUGGUUUUCAUAAUUCCAUUCGAGGUCAUGGUUUUGGCAAAAGAUUUAUUCUCGUUAUGAAAGCUCUCUUUUGUUUCGGGCGGUGCUAGAAAAAUGAAGGAUGAACGGUGUAGAUACACUGUUGAGAAGUUUUAAUUCAUGAAUUAAUGCACAAGUGAGAUUGUGAGAAAGGGACCUGUCGCUUUAUCCAGGCCACACCAGUUGAAACAUCUGCUGGCCUACCAUUCUUGUCUCCACUUUCUGAAUAACAAGGAAAAACCAGUAGACGUUGGUAAAUGAAUAGUAGACCUGCAAGAAUGCUGUACCUCUUAUUCUUUCUAGUUAUCCUGUUGAAUAUAGCAGUACUGGUCUUUGGUGUAGAGCACUAUAGCAGAGAGGAUUUCCCACCUGGCUUUGUAUUUGGAGCAGGAACCUCAGCUUAUCAGGUGGAAGGAGCAGCUAAAGAGUAUGGGAGAACUCCUAGCAUUUGGGAUACUUUCCUUCAAAAGGGAAAUGCGAAUGAAACUGGAGAUGUAGCAUGUGAUGGUUACCACAAAUACAAGGAAGAUGUCCAGCUCAUGGUGGAUACAGGGUUAGAGGCCUACAGGUUUUCCAUUUCUUGGUCAAGGCUUAUUCCGAAUGGACGGGGACGUGUUAACCCAAAGGGUUUACAGUAUUACAACAACCUCAUCAAUGAACUUGUUAAGCAUGGAAUCGAACCUCAUGUUACAUUGCACCAUCAUGAUCUCCCACAGAUACUCGAGGAUGAAUAUGGAGGAUGGGUUAAUCGAAAGAUUGUGAAAGACUUCACAGCUUAUGCUGAUGUUUGCUUCAGAGAGUUUGGCGAUAGAAUUUCUUACUGGACAACAGUUAAUGAGCCCAAUAUAUUUUCUGUAUUUGGAUAUGACUUGGGAGGUAUGGGACCUGGGAGGUGUUCUUCUCCAUUUGGAAAGAACUGCUACAGUGGCAACUCCUCAACUGAGCCGUACUUGGUGGUGCAUCAUAUUUUGUUGGCACAUGCAUCAGCUGCAAGAUUGUACAGAAACAAGUAUUGGGGCAAGCAGAAUGGAUUUAUAGGGAUAUCUGUCCUUGUUUUGAAAUAUAUCUCUGCAACAAACUCAACAGAGGAUGUGAAUGCAAUUCAAAGAGCCUAUGACUUCUUCGUUGGUUGGGUUGUACACCCCUUGGUUUAUGGAGAUUAUCCCAACAUAAUGAAGGAAGUUGUCGGCUCAAGACUUCCAGUGUUCACAAAUUAUGAAUUGAGACUAAUCAAAGGCUCAUUUGACUUUCUGGGAGUAUUACAUUACUGCGCAGCCUAUGUCAAAGACAAUUCCAGAAAUCAGACAUCAGAUGUUCGGGACUAUUCAACGGACAUGGGGUUAUUCAAUGUGGCUACUUCUAAAUUCCUGGAUUUUGUCUGGUUGACCUAUCAGUUUCCUGCAAGGCCUUGGGAGCUGCAAGACGUGCUGGAGUAUUUUAAGCAAGCAUAUGACAACCCUCCUAUUUACAUUCAUGAAAAUGGCCAGCAAACCAAGCGCAUUUCAUCAUUGGAAGACACAUCAAGGGUGCGAUAUUUGCAUGCGUAUAUUGGAAGUGUGUUAGAUGCUUUGAGGAAUGGAUCAAAUGUAAGGGGAUACUUCGCAUGGUCGUUCUUGGAUUUAUUUGAGAUAAUGGUUGGUUACUCUGCAAGCUAUGGCCUCUACUAUGUAGACAGGGAUGACUUGGAAUUGAGAAGAUAUCCUAAGCUUUCUGCUUACUGGUACUCUCAUUUUUUGAAGAGAAGAAGUGUACGUUCAAGUGGAAUUGAAGUGGGAAAGAAUUUACCAGCUCCUUCCCUCGCUAACUUUUCUUCUCUAGCUUAUGAGGUAUGAUGACAUGUUUCCUCAGAAGUGCCAUUACACAACAAAUGUAAUAACUGAUUUAUCUUACAACAAUUGUUGGUUUAAGUUAGCUCUUUGAAUAGUAACACCCACUCUGACAAGAUUUGACAUUAUUUCUGUAUUGGGCUUCGGCCCACAAUGAUUUGGCAUUAUUGGUAUUCGGCCCAAGACUUAA